CCCUUGAAGUGAUCGAGAAUUCAACGAAAUAAAUUGAAAAUAUAAGUUUAAAUUAACAAUAUUGUGUUUAAAUCAUGACUACUAAUGCAGAUAAAGUGUACAGCUUUAAAACAGAAAACAAAUUCUUAGUCAAGAGUGGCUGCAAAAAGCGCAUGUGGAGAUCUUUGAAACAAAUUCUUACUGCAGAACGAGCAUUACCAUGGCCAAACGAUAUUGUGCUUUAUUAUUCAAUAAAUGCUCCACCAACAUUCAAGCCAACUAAGAAGUACUCGGACAUCUCAGGCCUCCCCGCUCCCUACAUGGACCGCCAUUCCAAACUGUACUACAGCAAUGCGGAGGAAUUUGCAACGGUGAGGAGUUUACCCAUGGACAUAACCGCUGGCUACCUGCAGUUAAGAGGAGCAAACACUAUUGUUGGAUAAGGACUGGAAUAGAAUAACUCUUGUAA